UAAAAAAAAAAUUGUUGCAUUUGGAUUUUUUUGGUUUAUUUUUUUCUUCUGGAUGCCUUGGGUCAGUGAUCUAAACCAUGUUUGGACUGAAGCCACCUCUCUAUUACUUACCAGGCAUGAGCCAUGAGCCAAAGUCACCCUCUCUAGGAAUGCUUUCAACCGCCACCCGGACUACCGCUACCGUCAGCCCCCUGACCCCUUCUCCUAUCAAUGGCGCCCUGGUGCCCACGGGCAGCCCGGCAGCCAACAGCACUUUACAAGUCCAGGCCGUGCCCUCCUCCAGCUUCGCUGCUGCCUUGCGCAAACUAGCCAAGCAGGCCGAAGAUCCCAGAGGGUCUUCUAUAAGCAGCGAAUCUUCCCCGGUUUCCUCGCCAGCCACCAACCACAGCUCCCCUGCCAGCACGCCCAAGCGAGGACCCAUGGGGCCUCUCAUCGUUCCUCCGGGGGGGCACAGCGUGCCGAACACCCCCCCUGUGGUAACCAUUGCACCCACCAAAACUGUGAACGGCGUCUGGAGAAGUGAAGGGCGCCAGCAAGAAGCUGGCUCCCGAAGUGGCGGUGGAGGCAGCAACGGAACCCGGGACCGCCUGAUCGCAGAGGCUCCGUUGCCCCAGGAGAAAGGCAGCGGCCCCACGGUCCCUUCGCAUUUGCUGGGGGCGCCUUAUUCCUUUGCAAUCCCCCCCAACUCCAUUGUCCAGGAUUCCCGUUUCCCGCCUCUCAACCUCCAGCGUCCUGUCCACCACGUGGUGCCUCCUAGUGCUGUCACGGAGGACUACCUGCGAAGUUUCCGGCCCUACCACACAGCCGAGGAGCUCCGCAUGUCCUCCUUGCCUCCCCUCACUUUGGACCCGGCCACUGCUGCGGCUUAUUACCACCCCAGCUAUUUGGCUCACCACCCUUUCCCUCAUCCGGCUUUCAGAAUGGAUGAUUCCUACUGUCUUUCGGCUCUUCGCUCUCCUUUCUACCCAAUCCCAACUCCUGGUUCGCUCCCACACCUCCACCCAUCGGCCAUGCACCUCCACUUAUCGGGAAUGAGGUACCCCACCGAGUUGUCCCAUUCCUCGCUUUCUGCACUUCAGUCGGAACGCCUCUCCAGCCUGACCGCGGAAAGGUUGCAGUUGGACGAGGAGCUGCGGCAACGGGAGCGGGAGAAGGAGCGGGAGCGGGAAGCCGAUCGGGAGCGGGAACGGGAGCGGGAAAGGGAGCGGGAGAAGGAGCUGGAACGAGAACGGGAGCGAGAGCGGGAACGGGAGCUGGAAAGGCAGCGCGAGAGAGCCCGGGAAAAGGAGCAGAGCAUCAUCAAAGCCAUGGAAGGCCCCUUCCUGUCGGUCUCAGAGUUGCAAGGGCCAAGGACUCAUCCAGCCGAAGAACGUGUCAAACCAUCGGAACAGCUAACGCCAAACCGAGCAGAAAAACCAAAGGACCCUUCUGCUGCCCAGACCCCGAAGGCGGUCCAGCCCCCCUUGCACCAGCCAUCUGCCUCGCAGCACCCGGUGCCUAGCUUGAUUUCCAGCCACAGUAUCUUCCCCCCGCCCGCAGGCAGCACAGCCGCCGCGCUCCUCAUCCAACGCACCAACGAGGAGGAGAAAUGGCUGGCACGCCAACGGCGGCUACGGCAAGAGAAGGAAGACCGCCAGUCCCAGGUGUCUGAGUUUCGGCAGCAGGUCCUGGAACAGCAUUUGGACAUCGGGCGCCCAGCCGGACAGAUGGAAGUGGAGCAUCGGCCAGAGAACUCCAGACUGGGUCCAGGCCGCCCCGAACUGGGGGUCCGAGAGCAACCCCAGCAUUUCGGAGGGCCCCCUCCACUCAUAUCCCCCAAGCCUCAGCCCCAUCCGGUGCCCACGUCUCUCUGGAACCCCGUCUCCUUGAUCGACGGCCCCACGGACGCUCGGAGGCUACAGGAGAGCCACCCGCUCCCCAGCCACGCCAGCCCCUACGAGUCCAGCCGGCAGGCCAUCCCUUUGGUCAAAGUGGAGCGAGUCUUCUGUCCUGAGAAAGUGGAGGACGGUGCCCGGAAAAAGGAACCUUUGGACAAAUACCAGCCGGGCCGGGAGACGGGUGGAUCCGAGCCGGGUGGGUUUCCUCACGGACCCUCCUUACUAAGCGAAUGGGAGAAGCCCCUGCAGCAGAGAACUCCCCACCCACAAAGCCUUCCAUUUGUUGAGGCGUUGAAGAACCCAACCGGCUCCUCGUACAGGCAUCUCCUACCCAGAGGCCACGAUCCCAUGUAUGUUUACGACGAAUUCUUGCUCCAGCAACGCAAGUUGGUCAGCAAGCUGGACCUAGAGGAGAGGAAGAGGAGGGAAGCGCAGGAGAAAGGAUAUUAUUACGAUCUGGAUGAUUCCUACGACGAGAGCGAUGAAGAGGAAGUACGGGCUCACCUACGCUGUGUGGCUGAGCAGCCCCCUUUGAAGUUGGACACUUCCUCUGAGAAGUUGGAGUUCCUGCAGCUUUUUGGGCUGACCACACAGCAACAGAAGGAGGAGCUGCUGAUCCAGAAGCGGAGGAAAAGGAGGAGGAUGUUGAGGGAGAGCAGCCCUUCCCCGCCCACCAUCCAGAACAAGCGCCCCACGCCUUCCCCACGCUUUGUCCUCUCCACCCGCUACAGCCCGGAUGAAAUGAACCACAGCCCCAACUUUGAAGAGAAGAAGAGGUUCCUCACCACCUUCAACUUAACCCACAUUACUGCGGAAAAGAGGAAAGAUAAAGAGAAGUUGGCAGAGAUGCUUCAUGCCAUGAAACAGAAGAAUGCAUGCACGGCACCGUCAGUGAAAAACUCCCCACGGGACAGCCCCACUAUUGUCCAAGCUGACUCACACGUCCAUCAAACGGCGGCGGCGGACUUUGAGAAACUGGUCGCCGUUGCUCCUGCGUCUGUGCCGGAAGUCCCGAAGGCCACGGAGUCGUGCAGAACAAAUCACCUGAGACCCCCGGACUUUACCAGAGCCAAAGAGCCCCUUCCCCUCCCGGCUGAGAAGCCCAGGUUAAGCGACGGGCACACGGUCAAGAAGAACUUCACCCUCCUGAACUGCGUCCGGGGCCCGUUGCCGAAAGAGAUCCCCGUCCCGCUCUCCCACAGCGUGAACGGGAAGAACAAGCAGUGGGAGCCCUUCCUGGCCGAGGAGUUUGCGCACCAGUUCCACGAGUCCGUCUUGCAGUCCACCCAGAAGGCUUUGCAGAAACACAAAGGCAACUCAAUGGUUCAUUCGGCAGAGCAGAACCACAAAGUGGACGCUUCCAUCCAUUAUAACAUUCCGGAACUGCAGACUUCCAGCUGGGGAUCUUUGCCUCAACAAAACGGGCAGAAAGAUCCCCAGCACAAGGGGCUGGCUCCUCCAGAACACCAGAAGGUCUCCGAUUCUGAAGAGGACGAGGAAGAGGAAGAGGAAGAGGAGGAGUACCCCAGACCAAAAUGGCACGGGAUCGAAGCAGUCUUCGAGGCUUAUCAAGAGCACGUCGAUGAGCAAAACCUGGAACGGCAAGUGCUGCAGACCCAGUGCCGACGUUUGGAGGCCCAGCACUACAGCCUCAGUCUGACUGCAGAACAGCUCUCGCACACCAUGACGGAACUAAGGAACCAGAAGCAGAAAAUUGCCUCGGAAAGGGAACGGAUUCAGGCCGAACUUGAUCACUUGAGAAAGUGCCUUGCGUUGCCAGCCAUGCAGUGGUCCCGGAGUUAUUUCAAGGGGUAUCCCAGGUGACAUGCCCCUUGCACUAGGCCAAACAUAGAGUAUAGAAAUAAUAAUAAUAAUAAUAAUUAAUAAUAAUAAUAAUCUAUUUUAUUACCUGGAAUAUUUAAUAUUUUUC